UUUGUUUAAGUAAAUAUAUUUACCGCGUUAUUCCAAGAGCGAAGUUUUUUUUUCGCGGUGUUGUCUCACAACAUAAAUUAUAUACCACCAGAGUGUGUGCAUGCAUUUUUAUGGUGUUGUGGGUGGUUAAAUUGCAAUUGAUUGAAAGGAAUUAUUGAGUGAAAAUUGUGAUAUAUUUAACGAAGAGAAAUGAUUACGUUCAAUGGAUUUGUGGUUUUUUGUACUUUGGCGACUCUUUGUCUGACUACUGUGAUGUCACAAGACGGCCCAUUACCACCACGAAUUAAUAUACCAGGAGCGAUUCCAUUAGGUGCAGUUCCUGUUCCUAUUCGUGCCGCACAAUUUGCGAGUCCGAUACCAUCCGGGCCUCCACUUGUACGAAUUAGACGUCCACCACACCCGAAACAACAAGAGCAACAGCAUUUAAACGCAAUACCAACACUUCAACGAAGCUUGGACGAGGCAAAGCCGGUCAAUGAAGAACCAGAGGAAGAACAGUCAUUUAUACCUCACAUCGUACAACAGCCACAGUCGCUCGGGUACCAUCAAUCACACGAUCAAUUUUCAGAACCACCAGCUACCAUACCUAGAUUCAGUUCACAAGACCGACCCAGUCCAAUACAACGCUCGCAGCCAGCACAGCCACAACCACAUCAAGAGCAAUUGUUUUCAUUCGUCCCGGAUAGACAGCCAUCGAUACCAGAAUCUCCAGCGAAACAAACCUAUCGUCGACCUGCCUUCCGAGAGCCCCGACCACAAUUCGAAGAUGAACAGAAACCGCAGCAGCCUGUUAGACGUGUACAGCAAGAAUAUAUUAGACCCAGGACAUCAGGAGAACAUCAACAGAACCAAGAAAAAGAAAAGAAACCGGUUGCACAAAUUCUAAGAAAGUAUCGUGAAGAAAAUGAAGAUGGUAGCAUAACUUGGGGCUUUGAAAAUGACGAUGGAUCGUACAAGGAAGAAAUCAUUGGGAUUGAUUGUGUAACAAGAGGACGAUACGGCUAUGUUGAUCCGGAUGGCAUGAAACGCGAAUACACCUACGAAACGGGCAUUCAAUGCGACCCAAAUAAAAGAGAUUUGGAAGAGGACGAUGAACUGCCAGGAGUCGAUUAUCAAGAAAAUGCUAUGGUAUUUCCGAACGGCGAACGAAUUAGUCUGAGUGCUUUGGCGAAAAACAAAGCCCGAAAGCCAUCGGGCCAACCAAUUUACCGUAAUUAAUCGCACCGUGAGAAUCUGUUUAAUUUUUGUUGGAACUAUCAUUAGACAGAAGAAAUUAAAUUAUUUUACGUGAGAAAA